AUGUCUUACCAGUGCAAGCAACCCUGCCUUCCUCCUCCUUCAUGCGUGAAGACUAAGAGUGCCACUGUGUGUGCAACUCCUGGAGGCGCUGUCUGCGUGACCCCAUCUCAGUCAUCGUGCGCAGAUGCCUGCACUCCUAAAUGUGCCACUGUGUGUGCCACUCCUGGAGGCUCCAUCUGUGUCACUCCACAGCAGCCCCAGUGUGCCACCGUCUGCCAGGGUCCUUGCGGCUCCAUCUCCGUGACCCCCCUGCAGAACCAGGGGCCAACCAUAUGUGCCACCCCCGGUGGGUCCGUCUGCGUGUCACAAGGCCAGGGUCAAUGCUCAACCGUCUGCCAGGGCCCAUGUGGCUCCGUCUGUGUGGCACCGCAGCAGCCCCAGUGCGCCACCGUCUGCCAGGGUCCCUGCGGCUCCGUCUGUGUGACCCCGCAGCAAAGCUCCGGCUCAUGCGCCACGGUGUGCACCAGCUCUGGCGGCUCCGUCUGCGUGGCCCCGAGCAAGGGUCAGUGCACUUCUGUGUGCCAGGAUCCAUGUGGGGCUGUUUGCGUGGCUCCCAUCCCAGCCCCAACUGGGGGCGCAUGUGCCACCGUCUGCCAGGAUGCCUGUGGCAACGUGAGCGUCACUCCCUGUGCUACUAAGUGCGCCAACCCCUGUAGUGGGGUGAAGACAUGCGCCACAAAGUGCGGGAACCCCUGCGUCACCGUGUGCUCUGACCAAACCUGUGUGAAGGCCUGUCCUUCCAUCAACAUGGGGCAAUGCAACGUCAAGAAAUGCUAA